AUGGAGGACGCACUGAUCGAUGUUGUGGGAGAAGGAGUGAAGGAUCCCGCGGAGGACGGGCCUCAGGAUCAGUCCAGCCCGGAGGUUCCCGGUGACUGCCCCGCUGCCGUGUGUCCGACACCCAAAGCCAAAGGACCUACGUCUGUCAAGCCGCCGUACUCGUACAUAGCGCUGAUCACGAUGGCAAUUCUUCAAAGUCCGAAGAAGAGACUAACCCUGAGUGAGAUCUGCGACUUUAUCAGCCACCGCUUUGCUUACUAUCGUGAGAAAUUUCCCGCGUGGCAAAACUCCAUCAGGCACAACUUAUCGCUCAACGACUGCUUCGUGAAGAUGCCACGGGAGCCUGGGAACCCUGGGAAAGGCAACUAUUGGACUCUGGACCCAAACUCUGCGGACAUGUUCGAGAACGGCAGCUUCUUGCGCAGACGUAAACGUUUCAAGCGGCAACAUUUCCGGUUCGAAGCGCUCAAGGAGCAGCAUCUGGAACCUAGUGUGCUGCCGGGCUUUACGCACGGAGCUUACGGACUUGGAACAGGGACUGUGCCGCUACCCGGACUGGAACUGUACCCAUAUUUCCAGCACGCACCAUCUCCAUGUUCCGCAUCCAUCCCACCCGUGAGCAGUCUACUACCGGCGCUGUCCAGCUUCUUCUCCCGAGGCGCGCUCUCAGCUAAGGCUCUGCUGCACGCACAGCCUGUGGCGCGGUGCACAUACUCCGCUCCACUGGGCCCUGGGUACGGUCCCCCGCUCUUUCCUCCCGCGGCUCCUCAACUUCUCUCGGUGCAGGAAUAUCACAAAAUCCAGGAAGAGCGCACUGUGGCCCCUCUGCCAAAACAGUGAUUCCGCGCUCACUGACUAUUCUCAGGUAACGGACUUUAUCUGGACCGUGACCCUAAAGACUGAAGAACGCUGUACAUAAAGACCCUUCUUACUCUGUCACAUUCUUCAUCUGACAUAACUCUUUUAUUAAAAUAUUUAAAUAACGUUUCUGGAACAUAAUAAAGCUUGAUAUUAAAGCUUCAUUUGCUCUCAAAGUGGAUUUAUUUUGGUCGUAAACCACAAAUGUCCAUCUUGAUUUGUAUUAACAUGUGAUCAUCACUAUAAACUAAACUAAAUAAAGAUAAUGGAUAAGUGAGGCAUUAAAACGUCACCACGCUAUUAAAUGAAACAAAACAUUUCAGUUGUGUAGCCUAUGUGUAAUAAUAUGACCACAGCGCAAAAAAAAAAAAAAAAAAAUAUCACUGCUCUUUAUGUGGCCCA